GUUGUUGAUGCUGCUGGGAUCGACUUCUUUAGCCACAGCUGCAAAUGUUCCAAGAACUUUUUUUUUUAAAAAAAAAGAAAAGUAGGCCGCCUGCUUUUGUGAUCGAGGGCUAAAAUUCACACCUCGCCUUCCUGCCGUUGUGGGUUUCCCCUCCACGCCUCCCCCAAUCUUCAUCUUUCUUUCCAUCCUUGGUCGAUACUUUCACAAGGGCCUCAGAUGCAACAAGACGCACCCGCAAUGUGGCUGGCCAAGCUUCCCGCUUGCUUGAUGUUAUGGGCGGCAUGGAUCUCUGCUCUUCAUGCCAACUUUACCCUUCCUUCAGACCCGGGCAUGAUGGAGAUGACUGAGAGGUUCUGGGAUUUUAUGGUGAAGUUUGGCAAAACCUACCACAGCCAAGAAGAGGCAACUUACCGCUUCAAGGUUUUUGCACAGAACAUGGAAACAAGCCAAGUCUUGCAGGACACUGAGCUGGGAACCGCACAAUACGGUGUCACCCCUUUCAGCGACUUGACAGAAAGCGAGUUUGCGAAGAGGUUCGGCAAUCCGGUUUUGCGGUCUGUGCCGGUUGGGCCGAGGGAACUGCGCCGCGGCUACUCGACGGCAACCCGAUUCUGCGACUGGAGAAAAAAGGGCUUGUCCCCUGUGAAGUACCAGGGAGAGACUUGCAGAUCCUGCUGGGCUUUCGCAGCCGUCUCCAACAUAGAGGCAUUGUGGAAGAUUCACCGAAAUGUUAACUGCAGCCUCUCGGUGCAAGAACUCAUCGACUGCACGUACCCAUCCAGAGGAGGCUGUCUCGGGGGCUAUGUCUGGGACGCCCUCCAGUACGUCGUCAACAAAAGUGGAUUGUCAUCGGACACCCUUUACCCCUACAUCGAAAAAAACCAGCCCUGCCAGAAACACAAGGGGAGGAAACUAACCAAGAUUGAUGGUUAUAGUGUACUUCCAAGAGACGAGAAGUACAUCGCCAGUAUUGUGGCCACCCAGGGUCCUGUGACAGCUCUGAUGAACAAAAAAGUCAUCCAGCAUUACCAAAAAGGCAUCAUCCAGAGGUCCAAGGUGAGCUGCGACCCCAACCGGCUUGACCACGCAGUCCUUAUUGUUGGCUUCGGUGAAGGCAAAAUCCGACGCGGCACCUGGAGUGGAUCAUACUGGAUUAUCCAGAACUCCUGGGGAACACACUGGGGAGAAGAGGGCUCUUUUCGGAUGGAUAAAGGCUCCAACACCUGUGGGAUUGCCCAGUAUGUCACAACAGCCACCGUCAAAGAUUUGGCAGGAAAGAAGCCGGUUAUUUGUCCGAGAUGAUGCUAUGCGUGCAUUUGCCUGUCUUUCAGACAACAGCUCUGGAGCACUCAGUCCUAUUAAUUUUCAAGCUUUUGCAAUCUGGAGCCUUCCGAAGGUUGGCGGCUUGCACCAUUCGAUUGUCCUCCGAGUGACUCGGUUUCUUUCAAACGCAGUGUUUCUCGAAUUUUUCUUCAUUUUUAAGAGCAACCGACGAGUAGUGUAACUUUUUAGAAUUGCCAAGUGCAACAACUGGGGGGAUGACGAACCGAAUCCCCAGUUUUGGUGCAAAAUCCUUUUGUGUAGAAAAACCCGCUAUUUUUCUCUCUGCGUGUGUAUGCGGAUGUGAAGUUGGGGGGAUAUGGAGGAAAGGAAUAUUUGAAUGGGAACGGAAUAAAAUGCAUGGACAGAAUAUGUUAUCUAUCUUCUU